CGCUGUUUGGCUUUGAACACUAUCUACAACGAAGGUUCACAAAACUGCUUUUAGACCGCUCGCCUGUUGCGCUGAGACUGUCCGAGUCGUGUUGAGUAGAGGAAUUCUCUCUUACCGAGCAAUCCGUAGAUCACUAUUCAAGCAUGCCUCUGGAGCUGGCUGUUGAGCUGUGGGACAAUGUUUUGGAGCACCAUUCCGAUGAUCGUCCUACACUCUUAGUCUGCAGUCUCGUCUGCCAAGAUUGGCUUCAGAUCGCCCGGAAACAUCUCUUCCACACAAUCUGCCUCGAAGACAAUGUCCUCGAAUGCUUUUCGCAGCUCAGUUUUGAUAUAUUGUACCAUAUCCGUCGCUUGACCGUGAGGACAUGCCUUCCACGAGAUGCACUUUUCCAAACGUGCCUACCACGAUCGCUGCUGCAUGCUCAGCGCUUGCACGAACUAUCGAUCACCUUCCUGGAUGUAACCACUCGUGAUCUGGUCUCCACACUCCCAUUUUCACCGCAGUUGAGGGAGAGCAUCUCUUUAGGUGCAGAGUUCGCGUUCAUUAGGCUAAUCAGCCUACGAAGUCUAGCCAUCGAUGGCUUGGACCUUCCGCGAAUACUCUGCUCAUGCCCUCGUCUCUCCACUCUCCGAUUGGAAGGCAUUAAAUGGAAGUACAACUAUGACAAUAACACGCCUUUUCCCCCGGAGCUCGCAUCGAUUAAACCGUCGCGCUGUGUGGAGAUCACGGAACUCACCCUCGUUGAUCACACACCCAACAUUUCUCUGUGGCUAUUGCAUGGGCCUUUCAAGUUGAAGCUUCACACCCUCGAGAUAGAGUGGGAUGAGGAAACUGCAGACAAUAAUGACAAGAUCAUUCGCGCUUGUAGCUCACUCCAGCGGCUCGUGUUGCGGAUGUCGAGGUUGAGCAGAUUCAAGGAAAGAUUGCCUCUGCCAAUUGUUCAGAUGCCCAAUCUGCGCCUUUUCCAUCUGAAACAGAUCCCACUUUUCGACUCCAGACUAAUGUUGUCCAGAGGGAACAUCAUUACUAUGAUUCUACAGGCAGUGAUGAACCACCCUCUUUUCGAUUUGCAGAUGGACGUGGGACGUCGUAGACCCGGACGAUGUUUUUGCCUUUCAAUGGCAAGAUGUCGACGCCGCCCUUGUGCGUCUGGCUAACAACGACCGUCAACUAUUCAUUCAAUUCAACAAGCGCUCAAACAGAGUCUUUCCUGAUUCUGAUGAGAUUUCAAUACGACGUGAAUUAUAUCGACAUUUGCUGGAACUGCAGUAUUUCCUGGAACUGCAGAGCGAAUAUGAUUUUAUUCCUUUAGGCAUCAGUUCUACAUUUUCAGAUGACCACGUUAACGAAAAAGUCUUCAAUGUCCCGUAGGCGUGGUUCCUGCCACUUGAAAAUGUUUCUCGAGUAAUAUACCGAGCAGCGCAUUUCAAGAAAUUAUUCAAACAUUAUUCAUCGUCAG